AUGCAUAAAUUGAAUGUAGAUUCGGGGUGCAAAAUAUUUCCAAAUGCAUAUCCAGAGUGGACACACAGCACCGCGUAUACAGACACAUUUGACUCAAUUCUGAAUUCAAAUGAACAUUUAAAACCUGGUGAAGAAACCUCUAAAGAAUUUGCAUGCCAUGGAAGGAUUACAAGUGUGAGAUUUAAUGGCCAUUUCCUCCACAUUGUUGAUAAUAAUGGUAAAAGAUUACAGGUUAUGUUUAGAAAUACAAAUGACAAACAAGAUAGUUCAAAUGAUGGAGAAGGGUUUGAAGCAGAGGAGAAAUUAGCUAGGGAUCAUCUAGAUUUAAAUAUAUCAACCGAGUUUGGUCCUGAUAAACAAAAAGCUCUGGACCUCUGGGACAUAAUCGCUGUCAAGGGGACAGUAAAGAAGACAAACACUGGAGAGAUUACACUUGUAGCAAAACAGGCCAUGUUACUAGCAAAAUGUAUAUUGCCGCCUCCCGACUUAUGGCAUGGCCUCAAAGAUGUUGAAACUAGAUAUAGACAAAGACAUUUAGAUAUUUUAGUAAAUAAGGAUGUGCACAAUAAACUUCUAAUACGAUCAGAGUGCAUUCAUCUCAUUCGCACAUAUUUACAUAAGCGUGGACAUAUAGAGGUCGAAACACCAAUCUUACAAAGGUUUCCAUCCGGAGCGCUAGCUAAUCCAUUUUCAACAAAACACAAUGCUAUGGAUAUGGAAAUGUUUUUGCGAAUUGCUCCAGAACUCUAUCUUAAAAGACUAAUAGCAUCUGGAUUUGCGGACAAAGUGUUUGAGAUUGGAAAGUGCUUUAGGAACGAAGGCAUUAGUGCAUGUCAUUCUCCUGAGUUUACAAUGGUUGAAAUUUAUGAAAAACUUGCAAAUAUGGAUGAUAUGAUUGUAUUAGUGGAGAAUCUGGUGCAAUAUCUGGUAGACGAAAUGGGAAUUACUAUUGAUGGCAAAAAGCAGAUAAAAUGGAAACAAAUUACAAUGAGAGAUCUAGUAUUAGAAUACGCUAGAAUAGAUGUUUAUUCUUCCAGCUUACCUGAUCUUGAAAGCUUUUGUAUCUCACAAAAUAUUGAAGUACCAAAGAAUGCAAGUUGGGGAACUCUCGUAAAUGCACUCUUUAAAAACAAGGUUGAACCGCAUCUAAUUCUACCUACUCAUGUAUCAUAUCUUCCACUGGACAUCUCACCCUUUGUUUAUUCAAAUGACGAUUCCACCAUGCCUAAAACUGCCCGCCGCUUUGAGAGCUACUGGAUGGGAAUGGAAAUUGCAAAUGGAUGUACCGAAGAGUGUGACCCAAAAAAGGUGCUUAAAAAUAUUAAGGAGAAUUUUCAAGACAAAGAUUUUAUAAAUGCUCUAGAGUAUGGAAUGCCACCCACUGCUGGAGUUGGCAUUGGAAUUGAUCGACUGGUCAUGGUACUUGCGAAUGCACAAAAUAUAAAGGAUGUACAAACGUUUCCACUCCUAAGACAUACAUAA